GCAUAAAGUAGUAAAGUUUAGCUUAAUAAUUUGCGUUUUGUUGAAAUAUAAUUGAAUUAGUCAUCUUCCAACUAUUCCUGAUUAGGAAUUAUUAUCACCAUUACAUAAAUAAUCAGGAAAUCAUAAUUAUGAUUCUAGAUGAUAAUUGUGUGGUUCACAAUUAUCCUCUAAUCCUAUGAAGCUUAACUUUUCUCCUAUAAAUAGGAGGCUUCUCCAUUGUAAUUAACACACCAUGGUUACACCAUUAUCACACUCUCAAUAAUAUAAUCUAUCACUAAGUGUUCAUACUAUAUUUCUCUCCCUGAUCUUCUGCUUAUUUCCUUCCAUAUUAUAACACGUUAUCAGCACGAAUUUGCUCCAUAUCCUCGAAAUCAUCAUCUUCCCAGCAGGUAUAUAUUUAAAUUCAUCUGAAAAGAAAAUCAGAGGUUGAGAAGUAUGAACAUGAUUGAAUAUAUUCAAAACUAUAAAAAGUAUACUCUAUGGUUGCCCAAGAAUUGGAUCCUCCAUAUCAGAAAAUUAUACUAAUAGAUAUGUAGUAUAUUUUAUCUAUAAAAAAAAAUAUACGAUGAAGGGAAAAGGAUAAACAUAUCUUUAUAUUAUCUUUAAUUAUACUGCUCCUUUAUUAAAAUCUGAACUUUUAUUUCCAUAUGAAUUUACAUCACUAAUUCUCACUUAUAUAUGUAUAUACGGAGUAUAUAAUAUGAAUAUGGAUCUAUAUACUUCGUAUAUGAUAAUAAGAUGUUUAUAGGUAUAACCAUAGAUAAACCAUAAACAUGAAACUAUGAAAGUAUAUACUACCGUAUAAGGAGAGAACUCACUAAUACGAAACCGGCCUGCUCUUCUUGAAUUAACCGUUGUGCUUUACGAACCUCGGAAAUUUUUUCUUGAUGGAGCUUCUAAAAUACUCCGUAAAUCUUCCACUAUUGUAUAAAAAUCGAACUAAAAGCAGAAAUAAAGAAUAGAAAUUAAAAUACGAUGAAUUGAGAUUACUACAUAACUUUUCAAGUAGUGUAGUUUUUCUUCUUCAAACGUAUGAAUAUACUCCGUAUAAAACCUCUUCCGAUUCAGACUUUAGAAGAGUAGUAGAAUAGUACUACAUCUAAUUAAGCUGCUUCCAUACACUAAUCAUGUCAUACAUGAUAGAAGACUAGCUAGAGGAACACAUGGAUCAACUGUGCCUCUGAAAAUAAGAAUGAUGUAAUAAGAAAAGAACUGCCAACAAGGCACGAAAAUAUAUAGAAGAAGCAACUGAUAUAUUUCUUACGGAGUAUAUAAGCUAGCGUGACCACAUUCAAUUCACGAGUCUUAUGACUCUGAUCCCUUCACAUGUAAUCGAUAAUAAACGAUUACUCUAUAAAAUUCAGGUGAAAUAAAUGAGAUGAUAAUGUUCUGACAAACUCAUACCUCUCAUACCGACAUAUCCAUGAGAGUACCAUAACUACCAUUAAUGCAUUAAAGAAAAACAAAACUGUAAUCUAUAGUUGUAUGUAUUGCAUGUGACUUUUUCUUUCAUUUUUUUGGCAUUGUCUGACGUGGGCUCACGCCGCUCACCUGCUCAAAGUGCAUACAUUAUUGGUUGGUUAUAAAUUAAAGUUAAUAAUAAUGCAAGAGAAAGAAAAAGAAAUUGCAUGUAUUUUUUAUCAACCCUACAAAAUAAUUGGGAGGCUCAUAGAAAUUAAAUACUCCGUGUCUCCGUAUGUAUAGUAAAAUUAAUAAUACUCCUUACUACUACUCCAUAUUUCAUACUCCGUACAAAAUAAAAAUAAUAGAUUGUAUAAUAUGUUGAUAUGUAUAAAUAUAUACAUAUACAGAUAUACUAAUAAAUACGUAGUAAAGGAAUGAAAAUAAGAGGAUGAGAGACCCAUGAGGUAGAAUGCAUGUAGUGAAAUUUUAUGUGCGUAAAGGAAAUGAUAGUCCAUACACUUGUUGCCUUGUUGGCCAACUCGUUCUGAUUGUUAUCAAUAAAUAAUGCAUACAGAUAGUAGUAAUUAUAUUAUACGGAGUACUAAUAAAUUGAGUUAUCAAUUUAUACCAUACGGAGUACGUAGCAUAUAUGUAUACGUACCGACUACUCAGAACAAUCAAUGAUUUUGGAAUUGUCUUGACAUUAUUGAUGUGUAUUACUACCGUAUUUGUGAAGUGAAUCCAAAAACAACAUGUUAUUCCCAUCUCUUUAAAUGUCUUAAUAUAUAUAUCAAAACAAUUUAUUAACUAUAAGUUACGAGCAUAAGUUUUGUACUUUAACUUUUGGUUAUCGAGUUGCAUGAUCUCUGAUGGUUAAGAUGGGCCCCUUAACAAUUGGUAUGACAGUAACUUGAACUAAAACGGUCAUUAUGUACGUUUAUGUCAAUUGCCGGAAAUAACCCCUCAUAACGGCACUCAUGAUUGUUUUUAAUCUCAAAUGAUGAAGUAGAAAUUAAUAAGAAGUAAAUGUGAGCUAAAUUACUUCUCUUAUUAAAAGUCAGAAUAAAGUACUUCUCCUUGUUAUGUAAUAUAUGGAGUAUGUUUGGACUAAUAUUUAUGCACAAUUAAAUGUAUUAUUAAGUGAAGUACAAUUCAUAUUACAAUAUUGAACUAUUAUUUGUUCAUUUUUAUAUUCUCGAAGAUAACUGAAAUUUCUCCAAGUGGUUUAGAACAAUGUCUAAUAGACAGCACCAAACGCACACCAUUUUGAGACAUAGAGAUUAUUUUUCUCAUAUGACAUUAGUUGAUGCUAAUGUCAAUACAAUCUCAGGUGUUGCUAAACUCAUUGAAGGUUCUGGAAUAGCCUGUGUGAUUCUCCCAAAAGGGACAAAAUUAAUAAUUAAAGACGCUUUAUACUCCAGUAAAUCACGGAGAAAUCUUUUGAGCUUUAAAGAUUUGCGUCUAAAUGGUUUUCAUAUUGAAACCAUGUCUGAAAAUCAGAAGGAAUAUUUAUGUCUAACGACAAAUAGAUCUGGCAAUAAAUACAUUUCUGAAAAAAUGCCAGCAUAUUCCUCGGGACUGUAUUAUACAUAUAUCAGUCCAAUUGAGAUAAAUGUGGUAUCUAAAAUUUAUGACCACAAUUCCUUUAUCUUGUGGCAUGACCGUUUAGGUCAUCCAGGCAGCACUAUGAUGCACAAAAUUAUUGAAAAUUCACGUGGACAUUCAUUAACUAAUGUCAAGAUUCCACAAUCAAGUGAUUUUCCGUGCACUGCCUGUUCUCUUGGCAAAUUAAUUAUCAGGCCAUCUUUAUACAAAAUUGGAGUUGAAUCUCCUGCAUUUUUAGAAAGAAUUCAAGGAGAUAUUUGUGGGCCAAUUACCCCUCCGUGUGGACCGUUUCGAUAUUUUAUGGUGCUCAUUGAUGCAUCAACACGUUGGUCACAUGUCAGUCUUUUAUCGACUAGAAAUUUUGCAUUUGCAAAUCUCCUUGCUCAAAUUAUUCGUUUGAGAUCACAAUUUCCGGAUUAUUCGAUAAAGAAAAUCCGACUUGAUAAUGCAGGAGAAUUUACAUCCCAAUCUUUUAAUGACUAUUGCAUGUCAAUUGGGAUUGAUGUGGAACAUCCAGUUCCACAUGUACAUACACAAAAUGGUCUUGCCGAAUCCUUAAUUAAGCGAUUACAAUUAAUUGCUAGACCAUUAUUGAUGAAAUCCAGAUUACCAUCAUCUGCAUGGGGAUAUGCUAUAAUGCAUGCUGCAAAUUUAAUUCGGCUUAGGCCAACGGCAUAUCAUAAAUUUUCCCCAUUACAAUUAAUAUCUGGUAAAGAACCAAAUAUAUCACACCUAAAAAUAUUUGGUUGUUCUGUGUAUGUACCAAUUGCUCCACCUUAUCGUACUAAAAUGGGUCCUCAAAGAAGGCUGGGAAUUUAUGUUGGUUUUAAAUCACCCUCAAUUAUUAAUUAUCUAGAACCUAUGACCGGUGACUUAUUCACCGCGCGGUUCGAUGACUGUCAUUUUGAUGAGACAGUAUUCCCAGCCUUAGGGGGAGAUAUUAAAGAAAUGGACCCACGUACGAAAGAUAUUACUUGGAAUGCAACAAAUUUAUCUUUUCUUGAUUCUCGCACAAAUGCUUGUGAACAAGAAAUUCAAAAGAUUAUUCAUUUACAAAAUGUUGCAAACCAAUUGCCUGAUGCUUUCACAGACUCAAAGAAAGUAACAAAGUCACAUGUUCCAGCUAUGAAUGCUCCUUCUCGAAUAGAAAUUCCUGCGGAGAUUAGCGAAAGAACACUUGCUAAUGAAUCUAUGAUACGUAAAAAACGUGGUAGACCACUUGGUUCAAGAGAUUUGAAACCAAGAAAAUUUAAACAGCAAGUUGUAGUUUGUGAUGCCAAAGAAGUUCAACCUUCUCAAGAAGAAAAUGAACAUUUUGAAAAUAUCGGCCUUGAAGAUAACAUCAAUAAUAAUGAUACCUCAAAAGAGGAUCCAAUCACCUUCGAAGAGGUAAAUAUUCCAGAUAAAGAUAGAAACGUCGAUAAUUUUGAAAUUUCAAUUAAUUACGUUUCUAAUGGAAUACAAUGGAAUAGAAAUGAUAUUGAUGUUAAUGAUAUAUUUUCAUAUGCCAUCGCCACAGAUAUAAUGAAUGAACACGAUGACAAUGAGCCUAAAUCUAUUGACGAAUGUCGUCGUAGAAAUGAUUGGCCAAAAUGGAAUGAAGCAAUUCAGGUAGAAUUAAAAUCGCUAGAAAAGCGUAAUGUUUUUGGACCAAUUGUCCAUACGCCAAAAGGCGUAAAACCUGUCGGUUUUAAAUGGGUUUUUGUGCGUAAACGCAACGAGAAAAAUGAAAUCGUUAGAUACAAAGCCCGACUUGUUGCCCAAGGUUUUUCUCAAAUGCCAGGAAUCGAUUAUGAUGAGACGUAUUCUCCAGUAGUUGAUGCUACAACUUUAAGAUAUUUAAUUGGCAUGUCUGUUUUUGAAAGGCUGCAAAUGCGCCUCAUGGAUGUGGUGACCGCAUAUUUAUACGGUUCACUCGAUACAGACAUAUAUAUGAGAAUUCCUGGAGGCUUUAAAAUACCUGAUGCUUAUAGCUCGAAAUCUCGAGAUUUAUUUUCCAUAAAAUUGCAAAAGUCAUUAUAUGGAUUAAAACAAUCUGGACGCAUGUGGUAUAACCGUCUCAGUGAAUAUUUGAUUAAAGAAGGGUAUAAAAAUGAUCCUAUUAGUCCAUGUGUUUUCAUUCAGCGAUCCGAAUCAGGAUUCGCCAUAAUUGCAGUAUAUGUUGAUGAUUUGAAUAUAAUCGGAACUCCUAAUGAAAUUGAAAAUACUGCAAAUUAUCUCAUGAAAGAAUUUGAAAUGAAAGACCUUGGGAGAACAAAAUUUUGUCUCGACAUUCAAAUUGAACAUUUGAGAAAUGGUAUUUUCAUCCACCAAUCAAAUUAUACCGAGAAACUUUUGAAGCGAUUUUACAUGGAUAAAGCACAUCCACUCAAUUCUCCAAUGGUGGUUCGAUCUCUCAAUGUGCAUGAUGAUCCUUUCCGACCUUGUGAAGAUGAUGAAGAAAUCCUUGGUCCCGAAAUACCAUAUUUGAGUGCUAUUGGAGCAUUAAUGUAUUUGGCUAAUAAUACUCGACCAGAUAUUGCUUUUUCUGUAAAUUUAUUAGCCAGGUAUAGUUCUUCCCCAACAAGAAGGCAUUGGAAUGGUGUCAAACAUAUAUUCCGAUAUCUCAAUGGUACAAUCGAUCUUGGAUUGUAUUUCAAGAAUGGUGCAAAUGCCACUUUAAUUGGCUACGCGGAUGCAGGAUACUUGUCUGAUCCACAAAAGGCAAAAUCACAAACAGGAUAUUUAUUCACCUAUGGUGAUACCGCUAUAUCAUGGAGAUCAAUGAAGCAAACAUUAACUGCAACAUCAUCAAAUCAUGCAGAAUUAAUUGCUCUUUAUGAAACAAGUCGUGAGUGUGUCUGGUUGAGAUCAAUGAUCCAGCACAUACAAAAUGAAUGCGGUAUAAAAUCUUUUACUUCUAAUCCUACUGUGAUUUAUGAAGAUAAUACAGCAUGUAUAGCUCAGAUCAAAGGAGGUUACAUCAAAGGGGACAGAACAAAGCAUAUAGCACCAAAACUUUUCUCCACACAUGAUCUUGAGAAAGACGGAACGGUUGAUGUCAAACAAAUCAAGUCAUGCGACAACCCUGCUGAUUUGUUCACAAAGUCAUUGGCACCGAAGAAAUUUGAAGAACUGGUCCAUAAAAUUGGAAUGUAUCGUCUUCGAGAUAUAUGUUAAAUUGAGGGGGAGUAAUAUAAUGCACUGCACUCUUUUUCCCUUCGUCAAGUUUUUAUCCCACUGGGUUUUUCUUGACAAAGGUUUUUAACGAGACAGUACAUUAUAAUACUAUGAAUCUAAUACCCCAGAAUAAUUAGAAGAUGACCAUUCAAGGGGGAGUGUUGAAAUAUAAUUGAAUUAGUCAUCUUCCAACUAUUCCUGAUUAGGAAUUAUUAUCACCAUUACAUAAAUAAUCAGGAAAUCAUAAUUAUGAUUCUAGAUGAUAAUUGUGUGGUUCACAAUUAUCCUCUAAUCCUAUGAAGCUUAACUUUUCUCCUAUAAAUAGGAGGCUUCUCCAUUGUAAUUAACACACCAUGGUUACACCAUUAUCACACUCUCAAUAAUAUAAUCUAUCACUAAGUGUUCAUACUAUAUUUCUCUCCCUGAUCUUCUGCUUAUUUCCUUCCAUAUUAUAACACGUUUAAGUAUAAUAUUAAAA